AUAUCGGUAUUUUUAUCAGUGAUAAUUCAUUUUGAUUGUGUUGUUUGUAGGUCUUAAACUUGUUAGUAACCAAAGUUAUUAAUAAUAUCAUAUAAAUCGUUAUAUUUGGUUUCAAGACAUUUUAAAAUUAAAAUUGUAACAAAUUUAAGUUCGGUUUGUUGUUUUUGUUUAUGUGAAUAAGUGUAUAAUCCAUCCAAAAGAAAUCUAGAUACGAUUGCUUGGAUUUAUUAUCAAGUGAUCAACCUUUCUUAUAACAUGGAUAAUACUACAAAUAUGUAUAGCGAUAAUUACAAGUGCGAUAAUAUCCUAUUUAAUGAGGACUUUUCUGAAGGUUUAAAAAAGUCGAUACAUGAAGUUAUAACAAGAGAAGGUUACACAGCUUACAGUGUAAAUGUUAAAAAAAUAUCAACUGGUGGUAACAAUUUUAUGGGUGAAUUAUACGAAAUAGAUAUUAACGGCAAAACAAAUGAAGAUAACAAAGAAAAUAACAUAUUUCUAAAACGUAUAAUUCGCAAUGAUGACUUCAAAAUAUAUUCUAUAUCGGAAGUUUACAAGAAAGAAGCAUUUGUUUACAAAGAACUCGCUAAAAUGUUUAACGAAUUACAAGAAAACGCAAACAUUCCCGCCGAUGAUAGAUUCAAAAUAGUCAAAAGUUAUGAAGAAACGAACGAUGAAGUUAUAAUACUUGAAAAUUUAGCUAAAUAUAACUUUAAAACAAUGUCCAGAAUGGAUGUUAUGUGUAUAGAAUUCGCAAAGUUAUCUAUAGAACAAUUAGCCAAAUUCCACGGCUUGUCUUUCGUUUUACAAAAAAUGAAACCCGAAUACUUUGAAACGAAGAUUAAAACAAUAAAACAAUCUAUGGUUUAUGAUGAUUAUUGGAAUGAAUUUAUCACGAACAUGUGUGAACUCUCCGUUUCUAAAUUGGAUGAUGUUACAAAAGAAAAAAUAUCAAAAUUUUUCGAGUAUUCUCUAGACAAAUAUCCUAAAUAUAUGAAUGGAUUGCAUUCACAAAUCAAAUGCCUGUGCCAUGGAGAUUAUAAAAUGAAUAAUAUUUUGAUCAAGGAACAAGACGGACAAAUAACAGAAGCAAUACCGAUCGACUUCCAGCAAAUAUACUACGGCUGUCCGGUCAUUGACCUCAUAUACUUUAUAUACGCGGCAAGUGAUAGGGACUUCAGAAAACAACACUUAUAUUAUCUAAAAGAUCUAUACUAUGAGACUUUAACGAGGUUCCUGAAUUACUUCGCUAUUGAUGUCUCUACAGUGUGCCCGAGGGUUGAAUUUGAGGAAUGCUUUAAGGAUAGCUUAGACUACGGCUUAAUGUACACGCUAUAUAUGUUGCAAAUGUUUUUCGUCACUGAUAAUAUACCAGAUUUAAGCAAGGAUGAACUCUUGGAGAUGAAGAUAGAAGUCGAUGACAGAUUUUAUGAUAGAAUGCAAGGGAUCAUUGAUGACUUCAUUGACUUGGGAAUUUUGUAAUCAGAUUGUGUUUGUUUACUUAAUGUUUUUUUUUUAAGUCGAAAUUAUAAAAGUUUGUUGUAU